UUGGCUCCAAUAGCAAAUCUAAACUCAAAUCGCUUUGUGUUUUCAUAAGCAGUGCAAGUGACAACGCGUAAUACGGAGUGAAUUGUUGCAGUGAACGGGAUUAUCUUCGAGUCGAUCGGUUUCAAUCGCCGCCUUCUCGAUAUAAUCAAAGUAAUCUAAUCAAGAGUGCAUAGUUAUCAGGAUCUCCUGCUGUGAAUUACGUCGUCUGCUAUGUACACACGAAGAGCUCAGUGAAUCAGAAAACCGACAAAAUGGAACCGAGCGGAGAAAAACAAACCAUAAUGGAAGGCGCAUUAAGUAGCUUACUGGACUGCCUGGUGGAUAAAGAUGAAGCGGUGCGACAAUCUGUGGAAUCUUCCCUCUGCAAAGUAGUUGAGAAACAUCCUGAUGAAUCAAUUUCAAUUCUAACAGAAUAUAAAAGUAAGCAUCCUAAGCUCAGUGACCAAGCAACUGCCAUCAUUCUCAGAGUUAUUGAAUACCUCACCACGUCAAACACCGCGAAAUAUAAAGAUGAAACUUUGUCGAAAAUCAUCACGCUAACAAUAAACGAAUUAACUAAAUCAAAUGAGCAAUCCCCAGCGAUUCAGAAACCAGCGCUUGAGAUCUUAGUAGGUGUGGGUCGCAAUCACUGCGAAAAGGUCAUGAAUGAACUAAUCAACCACACCAAAGAGGGGCAUGUAGCUCAUUUCAUGAUAAUGUACUGUAUGGGCACGUUGGCAACCGCCAAUGUCGACGGAAUAACUCCAUUUAUAAAAACUGUUUUAGGUAUAGCAUUACCUAAUCUAGGCUCGAUUAAGCUGGAUCAUGUAAAGCAAGCGUAUGCAUUUGCUAUUGGCAGAUUUAGCGAAGCAUUAAUUGAAAAAUCCGCAGCAGGUGAUGUUUCGAGUGAGAGCGAAGCAGAAAAAACUCAAGAUAUGUGCUCGACUGAAAUUUCAGUCGCGUAUGAUGUGUUCAUGAAUCAGUGGAUGCACAAUCGUGAACCGAAAGUCUGUGCAGAUAUUCUUCAAGCCCUUUCAAGCAUGUAUCCACUACUGCCUCAGGAAAAAAUGCAUGAUAAUGCUGGAAAACUUGUUUCUACAUUAUUGAGCUGGUUGCGACGCUCCAUCGACAGAAACUCGGUGACGCAGUUUCUUGCUUGCGUGCUGAAAGUGAACAUCAAUAGUAGUUACCACUCCUUGGAUACAAUGAGUGAAGUCUUGAUAUCGAGCCUCUUUGAUUUUGUUUGCGUGUACCCCGACUACGAGAAGCCACAGACGGUGAAGGGACACUACGAAGUGCUUCGCUGCUAUCAUUUGCUGGCUCCUAUCUACGGUUCCAAAAUCAUGGAAAUGCUGCUGGUACAGUUGCGUAGUAACAAUGAGAGGGAACGUAUCAAAGCAUUGCUUGUACUAACACACUUAACAAAUUCAUCAAGUGAAUCUAUCGAGAACAAGAUUCCUGCCUUUAUCGACAUCCUGAAACAACUGAUAUUAUCCGAACGCUCGAUUAAGAUGAAAAUGACCCUAUUGAAAACGAUCGUUGCUUUAGCUCAAAAAUCAUUCAUCAAAGAUAAAGAGUUUGUUUGGUUUAUGAUCAGAUAUAGUUGCCGUUAUAAUAAACCGAAUACUGAACAUGGAUCUCUUGAAGAGUAUGAAACGUUUGCAGUUGCUUGCCAAAAUUCAAUAUACAUGCUGGCGUCAACAGUAGGAACUAUGGAUGAGUUGUUAAAGCGCGAGCUGUUGAGUUACUUCGUUCUCCUUGAUUACACAGAUGUUUGUAGUAAUAUUGCAAAGUGUUUAAGCAGUUUAUUCACAAAGAAUCCACUAAUUGAGUUAGAGUUGGAAAGCGACAAUGAGGGCGAAGGCAAAAGCAAAGUGCAAAUACCUAGUCCGGAAUCUGUUUUCUCGCGAUGUUUAUCAUUAAUGGGUAACUUCAGGGAAAUACAAAGAAUCAGCAAUAUCCUGACAUUUUUGAAAGCCUACACACCAAAUGUUAGUCCAAAUCUAUCAGAACUCUGGGACCACAAGAUACCUGAGUUGCUUUUGUGCAAUGGUAGAGAAAAUCUAUUCAAUGAUCAUUUAAUGAUGUUUAUCACCCAAACUAUAGAGUAUUUGAAAGAGGAUACGAAUUUUGCGGAGAAAUUUGUCAACAAAAUGGCUGACCAAUUAAUCAUAUAUCCGAUACAAAAACCGCAAUGUGAAUAUGUUAUACCUUCCCUGUCUUGCGAACGCGGUAUGUUGUUAAAAUGCAUAGGGGUUUGCCUAUGUUACGUCCAGGAGGUGCAAAGCGUUGAAGCAAAAAUAGAUCUUAUUAUUGGCUCUGCUAAGCAGGAGAAAUUGGAUAAACAUGCUCCAAACUCAGACUAUGAACACAAAUUGAUUGAUGCUUCAAAAGCGCUUGGCUAUAUUUCUAGAACGCAUCUCCCUGUGGUGCUACGAAAAUUAUCAGCACUAGUCAAUACAAGCGGUAGGAAGUCGUCGGCCGGAUUCUUUUCCACACUGAACUUCAUCCGCGACACAAGUAAAGAGAGCGAGAACUACAAAAACAAUUUACUGGUGUUUGAAACUUAUGGGCACAUAAUAGAAAACGCAAGCCCCAUGGAAUCACUGAAGGACGUAGACGACACGAUGGUUAAUUUCCUCCUACAGCAACUCGCUGAAACGAAAGACCACACCAUGAAGAAGGUGAUUCUGAAGACCCUUUUAAGUAUUUGUAAUCAAUUUGCCCGAGCAAAAGAUCUCGGUUAUGAACUCAGACUUCGCAAUGAGAUUCUACGUCAAAUUCUGGGUAUUUCGAUCGACAGUCCAUUCGACAAUUUACCAUUAUUUCCUAUAAUUUUAAAACUGGCCACGACACUUCUAAAGAUCGAAAGCGAAGAAAAGAUCGAUGUAAAUACAUACCUGGAAAUAUCAUGUAAAAACUUCUUUAGCUGUGCGCAGAAUCUAAAAACGAAAUUCGACUCACAAGAAGACGACGAAUUGAACAGUUUUCUAGCACAAUAUUUAAAUCUUUCGUUACCAGAACUGAACACAUUUGUUAAAGCAAUUAUUGAGAGCAAUCCAAGUCCAGCGUGUUUGGAUGACGUGAUAAGUGCCCUAGAAUAUUGGAUGCGAGACAAGAAUAGUGAAGUGCGGAUUUGCACUGGACAUGUUAUGAAUAGUUCGUUGGAAGUUUACAUUAAAAGCAUGAAAAUUGGCUGUGAGGCUCCGUCGAAAUUCAAUCAGACAGGGCAAAUGCUAGGCAAAAUUGUUCCCAGAUGUAUUGAUUCCAAUGCAACUGUCCGACAAACGUCUGUUGAUAUUUUACGUAAAAUUCUCGAAAUAUCCCACAUAUACGAGACUUUAACAAUUCCUGAUAGUUCGUCUGCAUGGUUAAACGAUUUGGAUAAGGUUUACGAUAAAAUCAUAACGGACGAUCCUAAGGAAAUCUAUCAAUUAGCUGGAGAAAUUGCAAGAAUCAUCGCUAUUCGCAUUUCAAGUUUUCAACAUUUACAAUUUUGCAAGACAACCUUAAGCUGUUUGAAUGAUCCUGAACAAAGCUCCGCCAUUGGCGCGUCUGUUGUAUUGAAAUUUUUCGUCCAGCAAAAAGGAUCGGAAAUGUUUCAUGCUGUAGCCGAUUUCAUCAAGGAAAGCUUAUUUGCUAUUCGACACUGUGAAAUUGCUCGAGCGAAGUCAGGAGUUCUGAAAGCAUUAGUCGCGCUCACCAAGCAUCAUCCUAAGCUUGUAUGCAGUGAGAUCCUCGCACAGCCGCUACCAUAUGAUGAGAAUUUGAUUGAAUAUUGGCAACUGAUUUGUUGUGACCUUGAAUUGGUGGGCACUAUUCUUGAUAAUUUCCUUGCUAUGUUAUCAACAUCAUGCCUGUACGAACCGGAUGAGGCUAAAGAUGAUACACAGAGAAUUGCAACAGUACAGCCGUUUGCAAUAUUCUGCGCCUUAAAAGAAAUAUUUGCUUGCAGAGAAGUGCAAACCGAAUUAAAGUAUAAAUUCCCGGAAAUAUUUACCAUGAUGUUGACUACGAUAGCUACGUAUACGAACCUUGCCCCACCAAUGCUUUCGGCGAAAGCAAUGAAUAGUGCGAAGGGCACGAAUGGGAGUGCAAAGUCAAAAUUCGGUUUCGUACCGAAUAAAGAUGCUGUCAAAUUAAACCCAUGCCUAAUUGUUUUAGAAGCAUUCCGUGCUUUCCUCAAUAAUCUCGAAAUGGAACAAGUUGUAACAGCUUUAGCUCAAUGUCCACAAUUAGCAAACAGUUCAGAUUUGUCUAACUUCAUUGAAAUGUUGACGCCGGUCGCAAUUAGUCUAUCAGAUCAAUUUUCAAUCAAUUCCAGUGCAAUGAAACAAAUUGUCACAUCAUUAACCAAAUAUGUUUCAAGUCCUUACGAUGGGCAACGGAUCGCUGCAGUUGGUUUCUUUUCUCAGUUAGUUCCCUUGAAACCAUGUGGUGAAAUAUCAUCAGUUAUUAUGCUUCACUUAAGCGCAGCGUUAAGCGAUCCAAACCCGAUCGUUAGAGGAUUGUCAAUCAAAGGAUUAUCGUUUGUUGGAAGUUUAACCGAAUCAGAUAUAGAUGAAUAUGCCGAACUUGCUAUUACAUCUUUAUUAAAAGGAAUCGACGACUAUAAUAGCGAAUGCCUCAUCAAUAUACCUCUGGAAAGUAUGAGAGGAUUAUCCCGCACUCUACAGACGUUACCUAUCCAUCGUGUGGAAUCAUUCCACAUUUCUUUAUCGAUCCGUAUACGUCCAUUUUUCGAGAAUUCAUCAUUGGAGAUCCGUGAAUCAGCUAUUCUACUUUUUGGUGAUUUAUGCGAGUCACGCGUAGCCAAUAUGACGAGUGGAGACGUUUCGCCAACAGGUUCACUGGAAGCACUCAAAGAACAAUUAUUCGCUAAUCUUAUCUCAUUGAUGUUACAUUUGAGCGAAUCUGAUCGUAAUAUCAUUCGGGCAUCUAAAAUUACACUUAGGAAAGUGUGUACCCUAAUCAACGCACCGAAAGUAAAUGAAAUGGCUCAAAAGCAUCUCAUCGACCAUGGGCAAUUAAAUUAUGAUUUCUUCAUUAUCGACUUCGUUAAACUAAUCGGCAAUGAACUGAAGGAGCAUGUUGGGGAUUUAAUUGAAUCUUGUAUACCUUUUCUUAAAAGUCAUUGGACUGAAAUUCGAGGCAAUGCUGCUAUCAUUAUUGGAAUAUUACACAAUUUCCUUGAAUCAGCCAGUCAGCGUGAUGAAGCUGUUGGUCAUAAAUUGGCGCUUUUAUUGAGAGACGAAUCGACAAUCGUAAGAUUGAAGGCUGCAACUGCUAUUGGUUACUUCUUUGGUGAUAUUUAAGAUAAAGAUUUUUUGCAAAUAUAAAUAUUUAGCCCGUUAUUAUGUUAUAUAUGCCUCAAUUUUGGGCUGCUGUAUUGUAUUAUCAUGUCAUGUGUUUUUAUGGUGAAUUCCUUAAUGUAAUGUAUUGUGAUAAAGAUAUUUUCCAAAGGUCAAA